AAAUAGAUCCCAUAUGAUUGAUGAACGAAAGUUAGAUGACUGCUCCAACAAAAUCAAAGUUCUACAGGCUACGAAUAAUGUGAGAGAGCUACAAACCCAAAUCAGAGACAAAACAACAGCCCGUGACAGGUUUGUGUUCGCGGCAGAUCGACUGAUCAGACUGACAGUGGAGGCUGGCCUGACCCUGUUGCCCUACUCUGAGUUCAAGGUGGUCACCCCUCAUGGCUUUACUUACGAGGGACUCACUCACCAGCCAGGCAACUGCGGAGUGUCUAUCAUGCGAUCAGGGGAGGCAAUGGAAAAGGGGUUGAGAGAGUGUUGUAAAUCUAUGCGCAUUGGAAAGAUACUAGUCACUACUGACGAAGAGACAGGAGUGGCCAAUGUGUGCUACCUCAAAUUCCCAGCCGACAUCGCCACUCGCAAAGUGCUGUUGCUGUAUCCGAUCAUCAAAUCAGGAGAUACGUGUGUGAAGGCAAUUGAGAAGUUACUAGAAAAUGAAGUGCCUCAGGAGAGUAUUCUGCUGCUAAAUCUGUUCGCCACUGUUGAAGGAGCACGUUGCUUAUCGGAGCAGUUUCCCGCAAUGUCUAUUCUGACGACAGAGCUAUCUGAAACGGAUAUUCCGACCAACUUCGGAAGGAGAUAUUUUGGAACCGACUGAAUCUGAAGAUAGCUGCUGUAAAACGUUGUCGCAUUACCUUCUCUUUUUGUUGCAGGUUUAUUGAAGCAACGGCCUUUUGAUUAAUCUUGACAGACUACCAAAAUGUCCAGUCUGUGAAGAAAACUUGAAUUGAACAAUGAUAACACUUUUUGUUGCAGUAUAUUUUAAAAUGAAUUUUUAGAAAAA